GUUCAUCAACAAAUUAAUUUUAUUUGUCUCGUUGGUUUUUUUACCAAAUGCAGAAAGAUUUAUUAAAAGAUUACAAACUAUUUUUUUCUUUUAACCGAGGCGAGCCAAAUAAUAGUCAAUCUCCCGAAGAUUGUGUAGCUUCUGGUGAAAAUGGAUGGCAUGAUGUUCCAUGCACAUUUGAGUAUGUUAUUGUUUGUCAGAAAACUAAAGAAGGCAUAGCAGACGAGGAUAAAAGAGUAACCAUUUCAUGUGAUGUGAAAUACACAGCGGGUAUUACAAAACUGUUCUGGACAAGAUCAGUAAAUGGUACCAGUAUGAUCGUUUCUGAGUACGCAACAGGUGGGAACGUAACAUCUCCUAGUCUAAACUUUGAACAAAUAAAAUGGACAGACGAGGGAUUAUAUAAAUGUCAUGUGGCAUACAUUUCCGGACUGAUACAAAAAGAUGAAAAGGUUCUCUUUAUAAAUGCAACAAAUAUGUGUCCAUGUGGAUGUAAAUAUCGGAGAAAACUGGAACAUUGGGGCUCAAAGAUAGUUCAAAAUAAAACCCGGGAGGAAUUGCUAAAGGGACUGGAAUCAGAACUACAAAAUAUUCAAAAGGAACUAGCAGUAAAUAAAACACAGCUGUCUUCAAGCAUCCGCAGGCGAUCAUCUGCUCCUGAUAAACGGAAAUCUUCCAAGACGAUGGGAUUAGCCGGAGCUGCUUUUAUUUGUAUAGUCGUUGGACUAGUUGUACUCGUAGAUUUUCUCAGUUUCGAUCAGUUCGUAAAGUCGACGAAUACCUUUUGGAAUACCAAGAAAAUAGGAGAAAAGACAAAGAAAAAGAGCAAAAUGAGAAAUAUAUUUGAUAUUAACAAUAGGAAACCUCACACUUCUGCAUAAGAGUAAAA